UUUUCAGAGUCAUUACUGCAGCCCCCUCCCCUGUUUUCUAUGGUUGUUUUAACAAUGGUUUAUACAUCCACCCCCACCCAACCACCCUGCCAUGUCAUAGAUCACCACAGUGGGCCGAUGCAGCGGCGGGACCACGCGAUCCCGCAUUCCUCUGGGAUCCUUCUACGGACACACCUACAUCCUGCCCUGGGAGUGGCCCAGACCAGGCCCGGCCAGUGGGACCGUUGGAGGGAGUGGUGGGAAACAGUCCCAGACGCCAGCUGGAGCAGAGUGUUCAUCCUUUUGAGUGCAUUGGGUCAAAAGUCACUGGCUGGUCCGAGUGCUCUCAGCAUCCUGGAUAGUCUACUGGCCAUGUUGAGCUCUGUCCUACAGCCUCUGAUGGAUGGUGGGAUGAGCACAGCAUACCUGGACCUGUCCCUGCUGAGCUGGGUCCUGCUGUUUCUGUGUCGCAACAUGGACAUGCCCAACGGGACCAACAGCGCGCCGGACGACGCAGACAAGGGGACCAAGAAAGACAAAGAAGCAUGCAGCGGCUUGACCAACCGAUGGAGUUUCAUGGAGAGCCAGUGGUCACCAGCGGUCAAGGGCUGGGGGCGCGGCAAGGAGAGCACUCACCGACUGAGGGGCUUCCACCGACGGAUACAACAGUCGAAGCAGAAGUUCCGACUGCUCUGUGGCUCCAACAAGUCGCAGCUCUCUACAAAGGUGAUUUUAGUAGUGCUAAUUGAGACAGUUUUGCUUUGAUCUUCAACAAAGUGU